GUUGUAAGAUGGCGCCCAGUGAAAUAUGAGUGUUUGAGAAAAAGAAAAAACUACAGCUAGCCAUCUAACGAAAAUAAAAAUAAAUAAAGAAUAAAGCAGCCACAGGGGAACCUUAAAAGCACUUCGCGGCCUUGCUCGUUGGAAGAGGAGCGCCGUUUCCAGGGCAACGAAGUGCAGCUCGAGCCUCGGCCCGUUUGAGGAAGAGAGAUCCCCAGCACAGAAGAGAACACUGUCCGCAGCCAUGAAUAACUCCCUGGAUGGUACAGGCUCUUACGAGGAGCUUGUGAGGCAAAAAGCUCGGAGCAUCCCUCAGCAUCGCAUGAAGGAGUUCCUGGAGUCUUUGGCCAGCAAGGGCCCUGAUGCCCUGCAGGAGUUCAGCCAGCAAGGUGGAGACACUACAACUACCACCACCACUAUGGUCUACCAACAAGAAGCCAACUGCAUCUACACAGACAGCACAGAGGUUGCAGGAUCAUUGUUGGAGCUGGCUUGUCCGGUUCAGGUGCAGGUCCAGCCGCAGCAGCAACAAAUACAGGAGUCUCAGCAACAGACUGUACAACAGAAUGCUGAGCAACAGAUAGUGCAGGUGCAGAUCCAGGGUCAGCAGCAAGCUCAGAUGCUGGGUCAGGUCCUCCAAGUGCCCUCUGGCUCCCAUCAACAGCUUCAAGGUGUGACUACUGCACAGCUGAUUCAACCUGGGGAACUCACAGAGGAGCAGCACCAACAGCUGCAAGCCCAGUUGGUUGCAGCCGUUGCAGGAGGCCAACAGAUUCAAAUACAGACAGUGGGGGCCCUAUCACCCACUCAGCAGCAGGACAGUAUUGAGAGGAGGGUACUGGGAACCACCGUGGCCACAUCACAGGGAGCAGGUGUCCUCCAGCCAGCCAAGAAGCGUAAGGUUGACAUGCCCAUCACUGUGUCCUACGCCCUUCCUGGUCAGCAAGUAGCCACAGUCCUGGCUAUCCCACAGGGACAGGGCCAGCAGCAAAGCUACGUGUCCCUGCGACCGGACCUUCUAACUGUGGACAGCUCCCACCUUUACAGUGCCACAGGCACUAUCACCAGUCCCACAGGGGAGACCUGGACAAUCCCCGUUUAUUCUGCUCCUGCCGGCUCCGGAGGCCGUGAGCAGGUCACACACAUCGCCAUCCCCCAGGAGGCCUAUGGAACUGUUCAGGUCGCAGGGCCAAACACUUCAACAACAACUACAAUGCCAACACAAGUUACCAUUGAAAACGACAAGCUGAAAAGUCAAAGUCAGACAGUUCAGGCCGUUUCCAGCAUAACGAGCUCCGGGGGAAUGGGAGGCCAGGAAGAAGUGGUGCACACACUGGCUGCGAACACGCUGUUUCCUGCCCAGCUGAUGAAUGGCAACAUCCACAUACCAGUGGCAGUACAAGGCUACUCUAACGCUACACAGUCCCUGAUCUGGGAUCCACAGCAGCAGGUGCUGCACACACAAGGGCUGACAGGGCAGGAAGCACAGCAGCUGCAGGUACUAUCACAGGGUCAGACAGUGGUGACGGAGGUAGAUGGCCAAGGCCAGCAGCAGGUGCAGGUGCAGGAACUGCUGCUGCCUGCCACCCUGAAGCCAGAGGAGGGGCUGGACGUCUGGCGGCUCUGGGCUCAGCGGAAAAACAUCGAGUUGGAAAAAUCUGAUAAAAAUAAACUGGCGCCAAUUGGCCGACGCCAGGCGCUGCGUUUCCAGGAGGACUUGGUGUCAUGUGCGGUAGCCGAGCUCUGCAUGGGUCUCUCUUUGAUGACAUCAGAGGCUCGGGGGAUGGAAGGAGAGACUUAUGAGUCGGAUGUUCUCUACUACGUAUUUCUGUGCAUACAAAAAUAUCUGUUUGAUAACGGUCGCGUGGACGACGUUUUCUCAGAUCAGUACUACACUCGCUUUGCUCACAGUCUGCACCAGAUCCUGGAGCCUUGGAGACCAACAAUUCAUCCAUUAGGUUAUAUUAUCCCCAGUCAUGUGACGGAGGAGAUGCUCUGGGAAUGUAAACAGCUGGGAGCUCAUUCUCCCUCAACGCUGCUCACAACUCUAAUGUUCUUCAACACCAAGUACUUCCACCUGAAGACGGUGGAUCAACAUCUAAAAGUGGCCUUUUCUAAGGUGCUGAGGCACACGAGGAAGAGUCCCAACAACCCCAAAGACAAGAGCACCAGCAUCCGAUACCUAAAGUCAACAGAGAGGUUCAUAGGACAGAAAGUCACAGACGACAUGUACUCAGAGCAGCUGGAAGACCCAGAAAAUCCACUGCGAUGCCCCAUCAAACUCUACGAUUUCUACCUCUUCAAAUGUCCGCAGAGUGCUAAAGGUCGCAAUGACACCUUCUACCUGACUCCGGAGCCCGUGGUGGCUCCCAACAGCCCCAUCUGGUACUCCACUCAACCGAUCCCAAAAGAACAGCUGGAGCAGAUGCUCGCCCGCAUCCUCGUCAUCCGGGAAAUCCAGGAAGCCAUUAACAUGUCGGAGAGCGUGCACUAGUCAGACCGGAGGAGAACAAUAACGGACUAGACUCUUCCUCUUUCUCUUCACCAAGCCUUUGAUUGCUCAUUAUCAGUAGUUUUCUAUUCUCUCACACCCUCUUGUGGUCUUUAAGGGUGGCAUGUAUAUGUUUAUAUUCAUUAUGUGUCAGCGUAUAUUACAUUCAAGGACUGUACAUAACAACAAUACAGAUAAUAAUUUGUCUUAUUGAGGCAAUCUCUCGACCUUAGCACCAAGUUUUCUCGUUCUCUACUCGUUUGGCCAAAGGAUGUAGUGUCUGAUCUUUUUAUUGGACCUGGACUCUAAUUUAAAUGUUUAAACUGUUGGUUCUCCUGACCAAUAGGACUUUUCCUUCCCUUUUUUUCUUUUAAUCUGUAAUAUAUGUCAUAUAUAUUUUCACUAAGGGGUUGGCCUGCGCUAUGCUGCUUUUCAUAGACUUCCCUCUUUGUUGCUCUUCUUCCCCUCAUCUGCCUUGGUCACUGUUAAGUGUCACAGUGAAUACCUCAGUGGUAUUAAGACUGCAUUAAGUAGCCACACAAGUUAAAAGCUCAUUUUCAUAUUAUGUGGAUUCUCCUUUUUUCUUUUCUUUUAAAAAAAAAGAAGGUAUUUCACUCAUUUGUGUUGAAUGAGGUUCACACAUGGACUCCGCGAACUCCAGAGACGACUUGCUUGUUAGUGAUUUCUGCUCGCUUUCUGUUGGACUAGCUCAGCAGCAUUGAAUCACAUCAGGACACAGACUUUAUUGCAAUACAGUGUCGCCACUUCCCCAGCAGCUACUGGCACUUGCCUGGCGAUAGAGACGUGGCAGAGGGAGGGCGAAAGGAUGCUGACUGCCGCUGGAUCCUCCUUUCUCUCUUCAUCUGGCCACCACAAAGCCCCAAAACUCACCCGGAGAGUGAUCUAUUGUAUCAUACAUGUUUAUUACAUGGCAAAAGAAAGACUCUAAAAAAAGUGGGUUAGCCCUUUAUGUUCUAUAAUGUAUAAUACUCAUAGCUCCUUCAUGUACUGUAAUGGUUUCAGUCAUCUAAGGAGAAUGGCAGUGCCUGUGUGUUUUUGAAACAUGACCUUUUUUGUACAGCCACUACACCAUGUGUCUGCCUUUCUAGCAAGUCUGAUAUAAAAUGAUGCUCAAUGAUUAAAAAAAAUCUAAAUAAAAGUAA